UCUCUGAAGCCCUCGUUACUUGCACAAUCAAGUCCGAUAAGUUUGCCAAAUAUCAUCCCAAGAUAUUUCGUCUGAUUCAAUAAAAAAAAGUUUGAUUAGGGAAAAGAACUUAAACUUCUCACAGAGCCACUCAGAGCAUAUAGUGCUGCAAGUUUGGAUCUUCAGGAGUUAGUUGGUAUGUCUGAUAUCGGCGAUGAAAUGGAGGAGGAAGUCCCGACGAACGGCCCGGAAAUCAAUCUAGAAAACGAGGGUUCAAACUUUGCCGAAGUGGACGUGCCCUUCUUCGAAACUCCGGCCGUUGACGACGACGGUGGUGUACGAGGGGAGAACGAAAUCCCGAUCGAGCGUCCGUACAGGGAUCGCAAUUUGCAAGAUCCGUUCAACGGGGGACGAAGAAACACCAACGCCCCCCAACGCAGGAAUGCUGAAGAACUCCCGAGCGAGCAAGGCACAACGGCGGUUCACCGCUUUGCCUAUGACAUGCGAGACGCCAGCUGGGGCCAGGGUGGAUCCAGAGUACACGUUCCGGUAUAUAGCGUCUACCCUUUCGCAUUUUAUUACCCGAGUAACUACAGUCUCGGGCCGAUCGCCGGGACCUUGGCACAAGGAAGACAGGACGUGUUUCACUACCAGAUCCACCAGCCUAUCCACCAAUAUCACCAUCAGCCAUACUCUCAUGUCAGACUGCGUUUCAGGCGUGAAGAUCAGUUUCCUGCGGGACAACCCGUCACUGGACCGACUUACGUCCGCCACCAAGGUAUGUUACCUGGGAUCGGGAUAACUGAAAACUACGACGAGAUCGAGCGACAGGAAAUGGCGGACUUCAACAUCCAUCAGUGCAUAUUCUGCGGCAUUUCGCUCACUGAGGCCGACAGGCCCUCUGGCAACUUCUGCAGGGUGCACCGUCCGCACAGAGUCGUCAGGUAUAUAAACCGGGCCCAGUCGACGUCCUUCGUCGCCGUCAUGAUCAGACAGCACCAAGGCGAAGGCAAUACCGCCUCCUGGCCGAGGGGCAACGAACAACGUGCUCGGGCGGAAGCGAGGAGCCAAGGACCCACUAACUACCAGCCUCCAAGGGUUAGGUUCUUCGACCGGUCCUAUCAUCCCUUCAGAGUAAACUCGGAUUUCAGACGCUCUCCCUUUUACAUUUUAGACUAUCGAGAUGACGAUUUGCAAUAUUUUGGAGAAUCUGACAGGAAUCAGGUAAAUCAAGAAGAACGGCUCACACCAGAUCAAAGCAAUCAAUAAUGAAAACAGUCCAUCCAUCAUUACUGAAAUAUUUCAGGUCAAGAUUCAUAUAUAACUUUGUCUUCGUUCUCUUUAUUGUUAAAAAAAAAUAUUUGA